AUGGCUAGCACUUCUGGAGCCACAAGCUUAAAGAGAAAGAAUGGAAAUAUCAUUGUUGACCCUGAUACCCUUAAGACAAUAGAAGACGCAAAGAAACCCAAAAUACAUUUGAACUCAGAUAAAAAAUUCUCUUGCAUUGCAUCAAUCAUGGACAUGCACAAUGAAAUUAUAAAAAUAGCUUUCAGCUAUAGAAAAUGUGGCAACAAACAUAACUGUAGGCAACCACAUAAUCAGCAUUAUAUUUACAGAACACAAUGUAAAUUGUCAAUCUGUCAGGGGCACCAAAUUUGCCAAUAUUUGAUAAAAUUUCACAAGAUAAAGAAAACAAAAGCCACUUCGUACCAAAUUCAUUACAAGGGAAAAGAUUACAGCAUUCCCAAUGACACAAAAGAGAAAAUAUGGCUGGCUAUAUUAACGAGAAAUGGUUUGGAAUACAAAGAUUUUGAACAAAAUGAUGAGAAAAGUUGGUAUGGUACCAUAUCUAGACAUGUUUUCAGCUAG